AGGUGUAAGAAGAAAAUUAACAAAUGUCUCAGUAAUAGUCGAUCUUUUGACACGGAUUUAUCGGAGCUCUAGCAGCAACUGCAAACAGAACGAAAUGCUAAAAAUUGUCUCAUUUGUUCGUUCGGUGUCUGGAAGGCAGAGUGCUUUGUUUUUGAAAAAAAGCUCAAGUGAUAUUACUCAAAAGUGUUUUCUCUCUAAAUUAACAAAACCUUCUUCCGAGCUUCAGAAGAAAUGUGAUGUCUUAAUCAUAGGUGGUGGUGGAUUUGGGUCUUCCAGUGCAUAUUGGCUAAAGAAAAGAGCUGGAGAUAGCUUAAAUGUUGUUGUCAUCGAAAAAGAUUGCACCUAUACCAGAGCAUCGACCCCGUUAUCGGUUGGUGGACUGCGCCAACAGUUUUCGUGUCCGGAGAAUAUUCAAAUGUCCUUGUAUGGUGCAGAGUUUUUUGAAACUAUUCAGGGGCAUCUGGGAGACUGCGAGCUCAAUUUCAGACCCAAUGGAUACCUGCUUUUGGCUUCUGAAAAUGGCGCGUCGACUUUGUUAAGCAAUUCAAAACUCCAAAACGAAUUGGGCGCUCGUAACGAGGUUCUUACUCCAGAAAAGCUGAAGCUGAGGUAUCCGUGGAUUAAUACCGAUGGAAUAGCACUUGGGUGUAUUGGAAUAGAAAAGGAGGGAUGGUUCGAUCCGUGGGCUCUUCUCAUGGGUUUUAAAAAUACAGCUCGCCAGCAUGGUGCUAAUUACGUUGACGGCGAGGUUAUAGAAUUCGGAUUCGAAAAAAAGCCAGAAGGACAGAAGAUGCAAAAAGCCGUCGUCAAACUGACCAAUGGUGAUGUGCAGUCAAUCGAAUUCGGGAAGUGUGUUAUUGCCGCCGGAGCUUGUUCAGGGCAAGUGGGUAAGUUGGCGGGAAUGGGAACUGGAACAGGACUUUUGAGUACUGCAUUGCCAGUUGAGCCUCGCAAACGAUUCGUUUAUGUGUUCGAUUGUCAGGGUGAAAACGCCCCCGGACUAAAAACACCACUUACCAUAGACACUAACGGAACAUACUUUCGGCGGGAUGGCGAGGGUGGAAAUUAUUUAUGUGGCAAAAGUCCAGACUGUACGUGUGAACCACCUGUGGAUGAUUUAGAAGUAGAUUUUAGAUUUUUUGAAGAUGAAAUCUGGCCAACAUUAGCGCAUCGUGUCAAGGCAUUCGAAUCGGUAAAAGUUCGAAGCAGUUGGGCUGGAUUUUAUGAGUAUAAUACAUUCGACGAGAAUGGUAUUAUUGGAAGACAUCCUUAUUAUGAUAAUGUAUUCAUAGCAACGGGAUUCAGUGGGCAUGGAAUUCAACAGACACCGGCUGUAGGAAGAGCCAUUGCUGAGUUGAUUAUAGAUGGUAAAUUCAAAACUAUUGAUCUAACACGUCUAGGAUUCGAUAGGAUUAUUAAUGGCAAACCAAUGCCAGAAGUUCAUAUUUAUUAGUUAAUUGUUUAUAAAUGAAAAUAUACAUAAAUGUAAUGUUAAAGUUAAUAGAAAGAAUAUAUGUAUUUUCAGUAUUGAA